AAAGACCAAGAAGAGAAUACAAGUACUCCAUAGUACACGCAGCAGAGAAGUGAUCUUGCGUGAGGCGCGGCAAUGGCGGUGCAGGGCAGCGACGGCCAGCGGAAGGAGGAGGAGGAGGGGAAGGGGAGCCGCCCGGGGCCGCACCCGCAGCUGUGUGGGUGGAGGCGGGACGGCCGCAAGUACACGCACGGGCUGCACCCGACGCAGAUGGAGGCGCUCCGUGCCAUGUGCGGCGCCUUCAUCCCCUCGCUGCCGGCCGAGGAGGCCGCCGGCGCCGGCGGACGCGCCGACCCGCCCGGCGGCAAGGACCUCGAGCGCUUCUACCUCGCCUCCGCCGCCGACGCCGCCAUCCCCGACGAGGUUGCCGAACUGAUGGUGACGCGCUGCAUCCGGGAGGCGGUGCUGCUGGGGUGGGUGGUGCUGUGGAUGCUGGGCACGAGGGUCGGCACGCUGCUGCUGUGCGGCACCCUCAGCCUCUCCGGCGCCGCCGGCGAGCUCCCUUCCCUGCGCCGGUUCGCCGACAUGCCGCUGGAGCGGCGGGAGGCGGCGCUGCAGCGGUGGAACAGGGCGCGCUGGUUCUUCCCGCUCAGGAUCGUCUUCGCCCUCGUCAAGAUCCUCUCGCACUACGUCUUCUACGCCAUGGUGAACGAGAAAUCAAAGAAUCCACACUGGAAUGCCAUUGGGUACAGAGUGGAAGAAUGGCGGGAAGAGCCAGAAGAACCAGUGGCGCCAGCGCCAGCACGGUCGCGGCCACUGGACAGUGGCGUCGUGGAAACCAGAGCACUGAACGAUACCACCCUGCUCAGGUCACUCGCGGACAAGGGGCUCGCCGCAAAGCCGGGCUCAUCGGACACGCAUCACACGGUGGAGUGCGACGUCGUCAUCGUCGGGUCCGGCUGCGGCGGUGGCGUCGCUGCGGCGAUGCUCGCGUCCGCGGGUUACAAGGUGGUCGUCGUUGAGAAGGGCGACUACUACACCGCGGAUGACUACAGCUCUAUCGAGGGCCCGUCCAUGGAACGCCUCUUCGAGAACGGCGGCAUCUUCUGCACGUCGAACGUGACGACAAUGUUAUUCACGGGCACGACCGUGGGUGGCGGCUCGGCGGUGAACUGGUCGGCAAGCAUCCGCACGCCGGGGGAGGUCUUGCAGGAGUGGUCCCGAGAGCACGGGCUCCCGCUGUUCGCCAGCCCCGGGUACCAGCAGGCCAUGGACGCGGUGUGCGCCCGUCUCGGCGUCACCAACGGGUGCCUGGAGGAAGGGUUCCAGAACAAGGUGGUGCGCCGCGGGUGCGAGGCGCUCGGGCUGCCCGUUGAUGCCGUGCCGCGCAACUCGUCCAAGGGACACUACUGCGGGAGCUGCAAUUUUGGCUGCCCCACCGGCGACAAGCGCGGCACCGACACGACGUGGCUCGUCGACGCCGUCAAGCACGGCGCGGUGGUCCUGACAGGGUGCAAGGCAGAACGCUUCAUUCUCGAGAGGACUAACGGCAAGAACGGCCGGAGCAAGAGGUGCGCCGGGCUGAUGGCGACGUGCCUGAGCAAUGGCAUCACCAAGAAGCUGCGCAUCGAGGCCAAGGUGUCGAUCUCGGCUUGCGGGGCGCUCAUGACGCCGCCUCUUCUGCACAGAAGCGGGCUCAGGAACCGGCACAUCGGCCAGAACCUGCACCUCCACCCAGUGUCCAUGGCGUGGGGUUAUUUCCCGGAGAACAAGCAGGGGCCGCCGAUCACCGGCAAGUCCUACGAGGGCGGCAUCAUCACGAGCAUGCAUCGCGUCACCGAGCGCACCAUCAUUGAGACGCCGGCGCUGAGUCCUGGAGGCUUCGCGGCGAUGGUGCCCUGGGAGUCGGGCCGCGACAUGAAGGAGCGCAUGCGCCGGUUCGCGCGCACGGCGCACGCGUUCGCGCUCGUUCGCGACCGCGGCGCGGGGACGGUGGACUGCGAGGGCCGCCUGCGCUUCACACCUAGCCGCGAGGACACCCGCGAGCUGCGCAAUGGCCUACGGCGCGUCCUGCGCAUCCUGGUGGCCGCCGGCGCGGCGGAGGUGGGCACGCACCGUAGCGACGGGCUCCGGCUGCGGUGCAAGGGCGUGCGCGACGAGGACCUGGAGGCGUUCCUGGACGAGGUGAGCAUCGAGAAGGGCCCCAUGCACUCCACGACGGACAAGUGGGGGGUCUUCUCCUCCGCGCAUCAGAUGGGCAGCUGCCGGAUGGGCUCCAACUGCAAGGACAGCGCCGUGGACGGCAGUGGCGAGAGCUGGGAGGCAGAGGGCCUGUACGUCUGUGACGGCAGCCUCCUCCCCACCGCCGUUGGCGUCAACCCCAUGAUCACCAUACAGUCCCUCGCUUACUGCCUCUCCAAGGAAAUCGCCCAGUCCUUGGCGCACGCCAAGAAACACUAGUCAGGCUAGACGGCAGCUCUGCGUGUCAGUUGCUCAGGUGUACUUAUCUCCUAAACUGCUCCACUGUACAUAUGAUUCGUCAAUCGUAAUACUAGAUUCUGUUUGUUACUCCUUGAGUCCAUAAAUAUAGGUCCUUUUUGCUGA